UGAUAUCUGCACACAUAAAGUCACUAAAAUGCACACCACUUAAUAAAGCUAAAUGAAUCUGCUUAUGUUACAUAUCUAUCUUUAAGCUUUCGUGUGAAUUGAUAAGUAAGUAUGAGCUGAUACAAACUAGUUAAUCGCGUUGAAAUUUUCAGUGUUCAAAUUCAUCUUAAGCUUGGGUAUAUACACUCAAAGUGAAAUCACAUCUUCUUGCACAACCAAUAAAAAAAAAAUCAGAUAAGCAAAAACUAUAAUAUUGCUUUGAAAUAAGAUUCUUACAAACUUAACGUCACAUUGAUAAAUCGACCUUGACCCCUAACUAUUCUGUUUGAACACCAAAACUACAGUUUUUCAUGUUUUAGCUCAGCAUAUUUUUGUCAAAGAGUAGUAGUUAUUUGCCUGUAGUCUAUCGAGUUGUCAAAAUAAUAUCUUUUUCAUUUUUCUAUAGAAUUGUAAAUACCACGUUGAAGUUGGGAUUAUUGUUUAUUAAGAAAAAUUCAAAAACCCAAAAGCAUAAAAAAGAAAAAGAUCACCAAAAACAAAAAAAAAUAACAAGGUGGAGGACGACGUGCUUACAAGUAAGGAUCCCUAAUGACUACUCGUUUCAAUUAAUUAAAGAAUUCGAACCACGUCUAAAAGAUUCCCUAGAAUUUCUGUUUUAAGUAAAAAUUGGAACAUUGAUUAAAUAUUGAACAAAUUUAAUCAUAUGAUCUGUCUCUAGCUUGCUAGGAAUGUGCCUACAAUUAUAAUAUUGUAUUCAGAUUAAUGAAAAAUGAACAAAUUGCAGUAUCUAAUUAUAAAAAUACAGUCCUUAAGUGACUAAACUAUAAUCCAACUACUCCUUGGCUGUAUUCAAUUAAAAGAAACUAAACAGAAAUAAGACUUUGUCUAAUGAAUAAUAAAUAAAAUGUUUCAUUUUGGCAUGCUCUUUUAGUGGGGGACACUAUGGUUUUUUAAAAAUAUUGUAUUUUUCAAACAACUGAUUUAACGAACUCUUCUUUAUUUUUCAUCAAAAUUUUGUGAAAAAACAGAGAAGAAGCUAAGAGAAGUACAUAGUAUGGUGCCCAUUGACGAUGGAGAUUUAUCUAGAGACAAUUCAGUGAAAUGGAUUCUUGAAAAUGCUGAAAAAGAUAGUACGAGCGAUAUCCAUGAGAAUAGAAAUGGUGCAAAUGGUUUACAAGAGCUUGCAAAUCAAAAAUCUUUCAAGAAAAAUUUCAGCAUUUCAAGACGAAGAAAUGGUGUUGUACCAAGAAUGGGGCGGAUGGAAUCAGGCGCUACUAGAGGGCUAAAGAGCUUACGAUUUCUUGAUAGAUCAACCACAGGGAAGGAGGGAGAUGCCUGGCGGAGUGUGGAGAAACGAUUCAAUCAAAAUGCAGUUAAUGGGAGGAUCUUCAGAGAGAAAUUUGGGACCUGUAUUGGAAUGGGAGAAAGCAAGGAAUUCGCUGGAGAGUUAUUUGAUACGUUGGCUAGGCGUAGGAAGAUCAACACAGAAAAUGGCAUAACAAUAGAUGAAGUGAAAGGAUUUUGGGAAGACAUAUCAACUCAAUCUCUUGAUGCAAGGCUUCAUAUUUUCUUUGACAUGUGUGACAAGAAUGGUGAUGGGAAACUAUCAGAGGAAGAGGUAAAGGAGGUUCUAGUGAUGAGUGCCUCGGCAAAUAAAUUGUCAAAAUUCAAGCAACAUGCACCCACAUACGCAGCUUUAAUCAUGGAAGAGCUUGACCCUGAUCAUUUGGGAUAUAUUGAGAUGUGGCAACUUGAAGCUCUACUAAGAGGGAUGGUGGGUUCAGAAGAAGGGGAAAAAACCCUGAAGAGAUCACAAACACUGGCGAAAACCAUGAUUCCGAAAGAAUACAGGACCCCAGUAAGCAAAUUCUUUUAUAAAACAUCAGAAAAAAUACAAGAAAACUGGAAAAGAAUAUGGGUCCUAACAUUGUGGUUGUGCAUCAACAUGAUACUUUUCACUUGGAAGUUCCAACAAUUUAAAAGAAAAUCAGCAUUUCAGAUCAUGGGUUAUUGCGUUUGCAUCGCUAAAGGUGCAGGAGAGACUCUUAAGUUCAACAUGGCUCUAGUUCUUUUUCCUGUCUGCAGAAGAACUCUUACUAAGCUCAGAGAAACUUUCCUUGGUUCAAUAUUUCCCUUUGAUGAUAACAUCAAUUUCCAUAAGAUAAUUGCAUUGGGAAUUGCUGUAGCAACGUUUAUUCACGCACUUUUCCAUACCAGCUGCAAUUUUGUGAAACUAACAACAUGUCCACAGAGUAAAUUUAUGACAUUUCUUGGAAGCAACUUCGACUACCACCAACCAAGUUACUUGGACCUCGUGGCAUCCAUUCCAGGUGUAACAGGCAUUCUGAUGACACUUUUCAUGCUUUUCUCCUUCACAUUGGCUACACAUUCGUUUAGAAGGAACGUCAUCAAAUUGCCAUGGCCGUUCCAUCAUUUAGCAGGAUUUAACGCGUUUUGGUAUGCACAUCAUCUUCUGGUCCUCGUCUACAUCCUCUUGGUCCUCCAUGGCUACUUCAUAUACCUUACAAAAGAAUGGUACAAAAAGACGACAUGGAUGUAUCUUGCAGUUCCGGUACUUGCAUAUGCUACGGAAAGAACUCUCAUCGUCUACGAACACAGCUACAAUGUCAAUAUCAUAAAGGCCGUCACAUAUACAGGGAAUGUACUAGCAUUAUACAUGAGUAAACCUCCAGGAUUCAAGUAUAAGAGUGGAAUGUACCUUUUUGUUAAAUGUCCUGAUAUUUCAACCUUCGAAUGGCAUCCAUUCUCAAUCACUUCAGCACCAGACGACAACUAUCUAAGUGUUCAUAUACGUACAUUGGGAGACUGGACUACAGAGCUAAAAACCAGAUUUGAGAAGGCUUGUGAGCCUGAUCAAGUAGCACAAUCAAGGAAGGGAAGUCUUGUAAGAAUGGAAACUAAAGCAUAUUCAGAUGUUGAACAGGCUCAAUCCGAAUUUCCAAAGAUCAUGAUCAAAGGACCUUAUGGAGCACCAGCUCAAAACUACAAGAAAUAUGAUAUCCUUCUACUAAUUGGCUUGGGAAUAGGAGCAACACCAUUUAUCAGCAUUUUAAAGGACCUUCUUAACAAUGAAUCUCAAUCUAAUGGUGAAUUAUCAAGUAAUAGGAGAGGUCCUGACAGAGCAUAUUUCUAUUGGGUGACAAGAGAACAAGGAUCAUUUGAUUGGUUCAAGGGUGUUAUGGAUGAUAUUGCUGAAUAUGACCAUAAUGAAAUGAUGGAAAUGCACAACUAUUUGACUAGUGUUUAUGAAGAAGGAGAUGCUAGAUCUGCACUUAUUGCAAUGGUGCAAUCACUACAACAUGCUAAAAAUGGAGUUGAUGUUGUCUCUGAUAGUCGGAUAAGAACACAUUUUGCAAGACCAAAUUGGAGAAAGGUAUUCUCUAGGUUGGCAGCAGCCCAUCCAUCUUCUCGAAUUGGGGUAUUUUACUGCGGAAGUCCUACUCUUACAAAACCACUUAGAAGGCUGUGUCAAGAAUUUAGUUUAAAUUCAUCCACUCGUUUCAAUUUCCACAAAGAAAAUUUCUAGAUAUACAUAUAAUAUAUAUAGAGAGAGAGAGGUUUGAGUCUUCACUGAGUUGUGAAUUCUAAUAAUUUCUUGUAUAAAUUGUUGCAAUUCUACUGAAAUAUAUAUGUUGCUUGAU